UUGCUGGCGCGGGGUGGCGGGGGCGCGGCUCGGCGCGCGCUCUCGCGGUCGGUGGUUGUUGGCGGCGGGAGCAGCGCGGGACGGGCCCGAACCGAACCCAACCCCGGGCCCGACCCUCCGCCAUGUCGGAGGAGAAGCCCAAGGAAGGAGUGAAGACAGAGAACGACCACAUCAACCUGAAGGUGGCCGGGCAGGACGGCUCCGUCGUGCAGUUCAAGAUCAAGCGGCACACGCCUCUCAGCAAGCUGAUGAAGGCCUACUGCGAGCGGCAGGGUUUGUCCAUGAGGCAGAUCAGAUUCAGAUUCGACGGGCAGCCGAUUAAUGAAGCAGACACACCUGCACAGCUGGAGAUGGAAGACGAAGACACUAUCGAUGUGUUCCAGCAGCAGACGGGCGGGCUGUGCUAAGACAUGGCAUCCUUUGGAGCACAGAGGCUCCUCAUCGCACCUCGCUCUCAUCUGUCCUUGGAUUUGCUAUCAAAUAGUGAACAAAUGAACACGCCGAUCACACGGGAUUCUCGGAAACCUUAGAGGACAUUUACCCAAAAUCGCUUGUUGUCUUUGACGUACUGCGUGUGCAAGUCGACACAGUAUCUGCAGGGAUUCAUCUCUUAUCUUUAAUUGGGCCCAGUUGAUUUUUGAGUUCCGAUUCAGUGCUACACGUUGUCUGUCUGUCUGCUGUUUCCUGGUUUAUUCCCUUUCAAACCUGUGGCCUAAAUAACCCUGUCCGUGUUUGAGGACAUGGAGUGCAUUCCUGGCUGUCAGCCCUGCCCCUCUGUUCCAUCCUACCCUUGUAAAUAAGUCUAUUUUCAUGCCGAUCUCAAGCUUAAUGAGUCUCAUUGUUUUAAAAGAGGAGGAAGAAGACGCUGAUUGAAGUCGCUGGGAAACGUGAAGCCCACGACACGAGGUCUGUACGUGCGAGACGCAAUGCUCCGUAUAGACAGUUUGGAAGAUUGCAGAUUGACAUGUGCUUUGUCAUGAUUUGAUAAAGUUGUCUGAAAUAUACUUUUUUAAUGCACAAA